GACGUCAAUGACAACGGCGGCCAUUUUGGCGCUCGGACGGUUUGGGAAGCGAAGAGGCGGUUGUGUUUGUUUUCCCCGUUCAAACGACACUAAACGAUUCUCCUCUCUCCGCGAACCGAGGUUUUUGAGAGGCUAAACCGAGAGGCGGGCGCUGUGACCGAGGGGAGAGAGAGAGAGGGGGGGGGGAGGGGGCGAAUCCGCGCGCCAUGUCGGACAACCGCCAGCUGGAGGGGACGGGCGACGAGAAGCAGGACACGCAAGAGAAAGGGGCGAUGAGCCCGGAGAAGGCGGAGGAAGUGAAGCUAAAGGCCAAGUACCCGGUGUUGGGGUUAAGGCCAGGAGGCUCCGAGUUCCUGAUGAAGCGGCUGCAGAAAGGGAAGUACUUUGACUCCGGGGACUACAACAUGGCCAAGGCAAAGAUGAAGAACAAGCAGCCCCCCAGCAACGGGGCGGACAAGAACCUGGUGACUGGAGACCACAUACCCACCCCAGAGGACCUGCCGCAGAGGAAGUCCUCGCUGGUGGCCAGCAAACUUGCCGGGUGACCCCCCCCCCCCCCCUCCCCCCCUUCACCUUGCCACCUCCGACAUGAAUCGUCCUGCCUUCCCAACCAUUCCCCAGGGAUCGAGAUGUUCUUCGAGGUGGGGGGGGGGGGGAGAGUUGUGUGGCAGUAGCCACUCCACGAUCCUCCCCCCCCCCCUUCAAAAACACACCCCGCGAUUACUCCAGCACUCUUGUGUCUUUUUAUUCUCUAAACCAGCGUCUGCAGUUCCCACCUCCCACCGUAGCCGUGGCGGUCAUAGAUCGGCUCGAGGAGGGCGGCACGGUGGCGCAGCGGUAGCACCAGAGACCCGGGUUCGAUCCCGAACCACGGGCGCUGUCUGUACGGAGUUUGCACGUCCUCCCCGUGACCGGUGUGGGUUUUCUCCAGG